AUGGCGUUUACGGACCACAUUCUGGAGUAUCUACCGCAAGGCUUUAAACAUGUCUUCCUCAUUAGAGAUCCAACACAAGUCUACAAGUCUUUCCGGAAAGGUGCCUGUAAGUUCCUGCAUGAAGAUGAUGUCGACAUCAUACAAUUUAAUCCGGCAGAAAUACGACCACUGGCGUGGUACGAGCAACAGCACCGGCUCUGGAAAUAUGUCCAACAGAACCUCGACCCUCACCCCAUCAUCAUCGACGCUACCGAUCUGGCCACCAACCCACGGGAGAUCUUGAAAGGUUUCUGCGAUGCUGUUGGAUUUCCAUACAGCGAUAGCCUCCUGCAGUGGUCCCCGAGUCAUGAGUUCCCGAAUAACUUUGUGACGGCUGGAGAAAACCUUUCCAAAACCAUGGCUGUGUUUUACUCGUCAGCGCUAAGCAGCACACACUUCAAUGCGCCUACCGUACAGGGAUCUUUACCACGUGAUCAGCUGACAGAUGACAUCAUUAAAUGUGUCGACUAUUCCAUGCCAUUUUACCGCGAAAUGUACGGUGAAAGAAUGCAAGUCUCUUGA